UACAGAUGGCAGGACAAGAUCCAAAGUGGCAGAAAGAUGCCGCGGAUCAAAAUUUUGAUUACAUGUUCAAAUUGUUGAUCAUCGGGAACUCGUCGGUAGGAAAAACCUCAUUUUUAUUCAGAUACGCGGAUGACUCCUUCACGUCAGCGUUUGUGUCGACUGUCGGCAUUGACUUUAAAGUCAAAACUGUGUUCAGACAUGAUAAAAGGGUCAAGCUACAAAUCUGGGACACGGCUGGACAGGAGCGUUAUAGAACCAUCACGACGGCCUAUUACAGAGGAGCGAUGGGAUUCAUUCUCAUGUACGACAUAACUAACGAAGAGUCUUUCAACUCGGUCCAAGAUUGGAUCACGCAGAUUAAAACUUACUCGUGGGACAAUGCUCAGGUCAUUCUCGUAGGCAAUAAGUGCGACAUGGAGGACGAAAGGGUGGUCAGUUUCGAGAGAGGCAAGCAACUGGCUGAGCAACUGGGGGUACAAUUUUUUGAGACUUCUGCCAAAGAAAAUAUUAAUGUUAAGGCGGUGUUUGAACAAUUGGUAGACAUAAUAUGCGACAAAAUGAGCGAGUCUCUCGACAAUGAUCCAGCGCUGAUGGCAGGAGGCGGUGGACAAGCGAAAGGACAAAAGCUAACUGAUCAGCCGGCGAACCCUUCGAAUCCCAACUGCAACUGCUAA